AAUUGUAUUUUUACUCUUCGUUUGUAGCAUGCUACCUGACGUUAGCACAACAGCUAGCAGACAAAAAAGCUAGAAAGACUACUCAUUAAAAAAGAAUAUCUUACGUAACAGUUAUACCCAUGAAUAACACAACUUUUUAGAGUAUCUCCUCUCAACAACUCAUAUUUUGUGACGUUAUUUUAGCUCACUUAUAAACUGUUUAUGUUGUGCUAUUUACAGUUAGCUUAGCUAUGUAUACAGAGCUCAACAGCAUCCUGAGUACCACUCCCGACAGCUUCACACAGGGAGAAUUUAUUUUAUUAUCAGACAGAAAGAGUGAUGCCUCUUUUCUCAUCCACCAUUUCCUCUCUUUUUACCUACGAGCACGGUGCAAAGUGUGUUUUCUGGGCCUGGUGCAGUCCUUCAGUCACUACAGUGCAGUCAGUCAGAGACUGGGUAUAAGUCUUACACAAGCGAAGGAGAAAGGUCAGCUGAUAUUUCUUGAGGGACUGACAGAGUCACUGUCUGUUUUGAUUCCUCAAGUAACCAGCACAGGAAAUAAAGCCAUGGACUUCCUCAGGGAUCCCUCAGUCGGCCUGCGUAGUUUAUACGAGUUUGUCCAGUCUAGUGUAACAAGUUCUGGUGGUGGGGAGGAGGAGUGGGGACCCCCAGUGUUGCUGGUGGAUGACCUCAGUGCGCUGCUGAGCCUGGGGGUGAGCGCUGGAGCCGUGUUGGACUUCAGCCACUACUGCCAAGCCACAGUCUGUUCCCAGCUACAGGGCAACAUGGUGAUGCUGGUACGGUGCGAUGGGGAAGAAGAGGAGGACGACUGGGAUGAUGGCGGCUCAGAGCUGCUCCUGAAGGGCCUGACCCACCAGUGUAGCCUCACUCUUCAUGUACAGGGUCUCCCAACUGGCUACUGCAGGGACAUACAUGGGCAGGUGGAGGUGUGUUGGAGGAGGAGGCAAGGUGAUGGACAGAACACACAGAAGAAGCUCUUUCAGUACAAGGUCCAUGAUAAAGGAGCCUCCUUCUUUGCUCGAGGGACAUCCAGUGCUGUUCUCUAGAUUCAACUUUCAGUGUCCUCUUGUACCUUUUGUUGUAAAAUGUGACUCUUAUGUUGGCUGGUUACUGCCACAGUGGGCGGUGAAUUGGACAAAUUUUACCAGCCAUAGCCAAGCUUCACAUUUGGCGGGUUGCAUGUGUCAGUGACCCAGUGACUGUCUGGAGGAAGAACACAGCGAUCCUGCCAGCUGAUAGCCUGGUUCCAGACCUCAGAAUCACUGCCCACUUCACAGUUGUUGUUUUUUUUUUUAUUUUGAUGAAUCAGUUUUUGUGUGCUGACAGCAGACAUUUACAUUUUUAUGUCCUGCCACAAUGGUACACAGUAUGUGGGACAUUAUGUUGUUAAGCUAACUUAUGAACACAAUAACUUAAGAACAAUAUAUAGUAGAAACUUGAUAUUUACACCACAAGUAUUCUAUAUGGACUAUAUGAUUUGAUUAGAUUUGGUGUGCCUUGCUGCAACUUUGUGUAUUAAUUAGGUAAAAAGGAGACUAUGGUUGGACAUUUAAGUGAUCCAGGUGCCUCUUAUUCAUGCUUAUGGAAAAUCAGAUGGACUGACUGACCAGAAACGCCACUGGAUGUUCUAUAAAAUAAACAUUUUAAUAAGGCUGUCAAA